AUGCACUUCGCCACUAUCCUCAGCAUCGCCAGUUUGGCUGCUGCCUCCCCCAUCACCCGCGAUACUCCUACAUCCACGCCUCCAACCUCCAAAUCACAAGGCUUUCAGCUCGUCGUCAACGUCACCGAUCUGAGUCGCGACUUCGCCCCUUCCAUCCAUCAAAAAUACAUCAAUAGCAUCCACGUCGGCGCCGGCCAGUCGCUCCUCGGCGUCGGCAGCAAACAAGACAGCCCGCGCACAUUCUACAUCAACGGCACUGCCCUCGACUUCCACUUCGCCAAUUCGACCGUCGUUUCUGACGCCGGCACCCCCCUCACGCCCUGGGGCAUCAGUCUCACCAAGGACAAGGGAUCUGAUAUCGCGAGCACUGCGCAUCUCAACGGCGGCCCGGGCGCCAAGGGCAUCGGCCUGACUCGCUGGUCUGUCCCGUACACGUUCAUGUACCCUGAGACAUAUGCCAUUUGCAACGAGAGCCUCGCCUACUACGGCGGCAAGAAGUUUUUGAUUGUCAAACAGUUCAACUUGGGUAUCAAGGGACUCGACGCUAUUCCCAAGACUUGUGUGCCCGUUCGGUUGUUCGCCCAGUGCGCUAAGCUGAAUGACUUGCCGAAGGGAUCCAUCUCCAGCCACAAGUUUGCGUAUGAAACCGAGUGCUAUGAGGAUGUUGCCGGUAUCGACUGGCCCAAGUACCGUCCUUGGUGA